CUUCUUCAGGAUUUGCAAUUAAAAUUACCCGUAGAUCUAAAUAGAGAAUAGUUCAAAAUUAAAUUUAAAAAAUAUCGAGGAAAUGAUACGCUAAAAUUAAUAAGUCGAUGAUGGACAAACAGCCGUUCUAAAGCAAACUCACUCUAUUUAAUCAGUCUUGUUUGUUAGCGAUAGGCGAAGAAAACACAAAAAAAACCAGGGAAACCCAGGAUGUUAGCAAGAAAAAAACAGGAAAAAGGAAUUUCUUGUUUCUAUUCCAAGUUGUAACUGAAUAAUUUAGGACUUGAAAUAUGCAGGCAUUCGAAACUAAUUCAAACAUAGAAGCCAGUUUAAUAUAGGCUGAAAGCAGCGUCACCUGUUUAAAGCACCUGCCCUUAAUUCUGGCUCGACCGUCUUUUACUACGCGCGUGCACACUUUAGUUGGCAGACGUCCGCCGUUCACACCGCGUUCAGACGAUCGCUUGGUUUUUUUUUAAAUUUUCACAAAUUUGUUUUUAGAUUUUCAUCAAAUUAUUUAUCAUCUUAUUUGGAAAACGACUGAUUUGUUUUGGACUGAUUUUCUCAAUUUUCCUCCAGUAUUCUAUAAAUAAAAACUUAUUUUUUAUUGAAUAUUUCUACCAUAUAUUGCCAAACUGGAUAUUAAAACGGCUUCCCUCGCCUAUUCCCAUCCCUACUACUCGCCUCCACCGCCAAAUGCUGCUGCAGUUAUGUACGGCAGCAUGGCUGGAUGGCCUCCAACAUCUCAUACGCCUACUCAUAUUAGUGAUAGGAUAAAGAACGAAGAGAAUUCCGAUAUCGACGACUGUUGUAGUGUGGAAAAUAAUAACGACGCUAAUUCAACUGACUUGAAUAGCGACGCGGAAGGCGUUUGGAGUCCGGAUAUUGAACAGAGCUUUCAGGAAGCGCUGGCCAUUUACCCACCUUGUGGAAGACGUAAAAUAAUUUUAAGUGAUGAGGGCAAAAUGUAUGGGCGAAAUGAGCUUAUCGCUCGAUAUAUUAAAAUGCGUACUGGAAAAUCGAGGUCAAGGAAGCAAGUUUCUAGUCACAUUCAGGUGUUGGCAAGGCGUAAAUCGAAAGAAAUUCAAUCUCAGAUGAAAGAUAUACAAUCGAAAGAGAAAGCUGCGCAACAAUUGUCCUCAAUGUCCAGUGCUCAAAUUGUUUCAGCCUCAGCCCUUCAAAACAAGAGCAUGCCAAAUACCGGAGGAGCCCCUGACCCAAUGUCCCCAGGUGGAGCCGCUGUCCCUCCAGGACCUGGGACUCUGCCACCUGUCGGCUAUGGAGCAUCACCCUACUGGCAAACGACACCAGCCAGAAUUCCGAUGUACCGACCGAAUGCCCCAGGAAGCCCUUAUGCAACUCAGGAUACCCUAUUACUAAGCUGCUGGACUGGAAGAAGUCUUGCUGGGCCUCGCCUCAGGCUGGUUGAAUACUCCGCCUACGAAGAGAGCCAAAACCUUGAACGCUAUCACAAGCACGUUUACGUCCAAAUUUCCAAUACAUUUUCCCUUAACGAUCCACUUUUAGAGGCAGUAGAUAUCCGACAAAUUUACGAUAAAUUCCCUGAUAGAAAGGGAGGAUUGAAAGAAUUAUACGAAAAAGGUCCACAAGAUUCUUUCUAUCUUGUAAAAUUUUGGGCUGAUCUGAAUAUGCCAAAAUCAAGUUGUGACGAUAUUUUUUAUGGUGUAACAGCUCAAUUUGAAACAGCUGAAAAUAUGACAAUUCAAAGUAGCACUAAAGUAUGCUCUUUCGGUAAACAAGUGGUUGAAAAGGUUGAAACUGAAUAUCCUGUACUGGAUCAAGGAAAAUACGUAUACAAAAUACAUAGAUCUCCUAUGUGCGAGUACAUGAUAAAUUUUAUCAUGAAACUAAGGCAAUUACCCGAAAAAUAUAUGAUGAAUUCGGUCCUAGAGAAUUUCACUAUCUUACAGGUGGUGACUAAUAGAGAUAGCCAAGAGACGCUUCUAUGUAUGGCAUACGUUUUUGAAGUUGCGACAUCCCAUGGUGCCCAGCAUCAUAUCUAUAGAUUAGUUAAAGAAUGAAAUUAAUGAAGAAGCACGUUUGUGCCAUUAAAUCUACGACGUGAAUCAUGUGGUUUUUUUUUAACAUUCCUUAAAAGACAAACAAAGACAAAAAUAUGCUUAAUCGAUUUUUAACAAUUUUUUACUAUUAACUUUUUAAAUUUUAUAUAUGCAUUUUUUUUAUUCAUGAAUAUUCAUAUUU